AUGCCUCAACACGGUGCAAGACAACAUGACAGCAAUUCAGACUCAGAUGAACAAGAGAACUUUAAUGGUGUCUUUUCUUCAGAAACAACUGACGACUGCAAUGAUUUGGAGGAGAGCUGUGAUGGACCUGGCAACAAGAAGCACACAUCUAAGGCCUGGUCAUCUAAUAGCAGCCAUAGACAGGAUCUCCUGGCACUUGCAAUGCUAGGAGAUGGUGCAUCCAUUGCGGAGCUCAGAAAAGAUAGCCAGCAUCUUGGCAACCUGAAAGGCUACACAGUGGCCGUCCACAUGUCAUUUUCAAAAUUUGUGGCGAAGCCAGCAAAAUAUUUGGUCUCCCGCAGCAUUAUUUUGAAGUCCUUUUUUGACAGGACCUCAGUUCCAAAGCUGAAAAUAUUACAAGGAGCCAAAUUGGUUGGAGAGCAAAUGCAGUAUGAUAUGUUCCCAUCUGUCCUGUUUCCUGAUGGUGUAAUGGACAUGAAAAAUGUCUUUGGAAGUACUGGAAUUGCCAAGAUUCUCAAAGUCGCAUUUCAUGGACCAAAGUCACUUGAGGGUGGCCAUGCUGGUGGUAAAAGUAAUGCAAAAACAUGGGAUGUCACUAUGAAUACUCCAGGAUCUCUAGCAUGUGGAGCGGUUGUGGCUGCUUUCUUAGUUUCUCCUGACGAAGAAUUUCCACAUGAUGGCAAAAGUGUUAAAUCAGGUUUAAAGUACUUUUACCUGUUCUGCAACUACACAAAAAUCCUCAUUAUGAAAGCUGACAAGAAACAAGUCAAAGAGAUAUACAAAAUCUUUGACUGGUAUAUUUUUUCUUCUUGCAAGACUAUGCAGGCAGUUAUAGCAGGGCAAGAAGAUCACUAUAACAAAAAAGUUGAACAAGCAAUGACCAAAAUGGAUAUUUCUUCUGAUGACAAUGAUACUGAAGUAGUAGUGGCAACUGCUGCACCAUCUGCAGUGCAGAUUAAUGUUUCAUCUACUGAUGUCAUUUUCUCUCGCAAGCUCAUUGGCACUAAUGGAGUUGAUAUUUUAGAGGAGGAGCCCAGAGAUAAUAUUACCAAUGCACUAGUGAUGAAAACCAAGAAGGGUCAAAGUGGUAAAGGGAAGUCUGCAGAACCCAUUGGUGGAGUGGUUAUAUUCAAAAAAACACCUGGUUGCAAUGGCUAUUGCAAGUGGGGUGGUCGCGGGUUCAAAUCCCUGUAA